CGCCUGUUUGGACUUUCAGAUUCUUUCAGAUGGGAUUCUGAGCUGUGUCAGCUCUCUCUCCAUGGUGCUGGAUAUGCAGUGGAUCCUGACGCUUGCUCUUCUCCUGCCAACUUGGUCUGCUUCAUACGAAGACUCCGCUUGGCUCAAAAAGGAGGAAGCGGAUCUUGUAGUCCAGCAGUACGCUCCCCUGGGUCUUUCGGAAGUGCUCUUGAAGUGCCCGGCCCCCGAAGGCGUGUCUGCAGUGGAGUGGCGAGUGAACCGCACUGCAGGGCCCAUUCAGAAAGCAUCAGUGCGAGAAGAUGGCGGCCUGGCCCUGCAGAACGCCAGCCGGGCUGAGGAGGCGGAAUACAGUUGCUACGAUCCUGCGACAGGACGGGUGCUGCGCAGAGUCUACCUGAAGCUGGGCUAUCCCCCAGAGAAGCCUUCCAUCCAGUGCUUUUCCACCAGCUAUGCCAGUCCUAUCCAUUGCACCUGGAAACUGGAAAGAGAUACUCACUUGGACACGUUUUUCAUCACCACAUAUCGGCACGACAUGGAUGGAGAGGAGCGUGAGUGCGUGCAAGCCCAUUCAGCAGACAAAACCUGCUCCAUCGCCGACGUGCAGCUGUUCUCCAUCGUCCCCUACGUGUUGAACGUGACAGCGGUGAACCCACUGGGAGCCAACACCAGCCUCUUCCCCUUCCUCCUGAGGCAGAUCGUCAAGCCGGAUCCUCCAGAAGACUUGAAGGUUUCUGCGAUCCCGGGAGUGAGCUGGAAGCUGCGUUUGGACUGGAAGCCUCCCAGUUCCUGGCUGUUUCUCGAGUACUUUCCCCUCAAGUAUGUGGUCCGUUACUCAAGGGACAGAACCAACAGCAGCAAAAUGACCAGACCUUCCGAGCAAACCUCUUUCGUUUUGACCGGGAUCCAUCCAGGAGCUGUGUACCACGUCCAAGUAGCGGCUAAAGACUACCUCGACCAUGGCAAACGUAGUGCCUGGAGUCCCCCCAGCAUCUGGAACAGCCUGGAGGCCAGAAUGACGGGCGUCGAGGGCACUGCCAGCCGCAGCGCUUCCGGGGGGUGUCCGUUGCCCCUGCCUAGGCCGUUCUGUGAUUUAGUCUGGGUGGGAUCCCCAUGAAGUUCGACCUGAGAAUAUCCAAGUGUGGUUUCCAUG